UUCAGCACUCCUUGAGGGUGGGCAGCCUUCAGGGUGACGGGAGGGCUACAAAGCGACUGUUGUGUGCAGUAGUCGGCAGACAGACAAACUUAAUCUUCCCACUUGGAAACUCUCACGGUAGGAAGGGAACGGAGCUACAGCCUGGCUAUGGCCACUGCAGCGUGCGAGCCUGUGGCUAGACCCAGCCUGACCUCCAUUUCGUCCGGGGAGCUCCGCAGCCUGUGGACCUGUGACUGUGAGCUGGCCCUGUUGCCCCUGUCGCAGCUGCUCCGCCUACAGCCUGGUGCCUUCCAGCUGCGUGGUGAGCAGCUCCUGGUGCCUGGGCCCGGGGAAUCGGUGGGCAUGAGAGGGGGCUUCAACGUCUUUGGGGACGGCCUCGUGAGCUUCGACGGGCAGCUCUACCGCCUUAGCAGCCACAUCAAGAGAUAUGUGGAACUGACCACCUACUCUGAUUAUAAAGACUACAGGGAAACGAUACUGAGCAAGCCCAUGCUAUUCUUCAUUAACGUGCAGACCAAGAAGGACAUCUCAAAAGAAAGGACCUAUGCGUUUCUUGUGAACACAAGGCACCCCAAGAUAAGAAGACAGAUAGAGCAAGGGAUGGACAUGGCCAUCUCCUCAGUGAUUGGAGAAAGCUACAGACUUCAGUUUGAUUUCCAGGAAGUAGUGAAGAAUUUCUUCCCUCCGGGAACUAAAGUGCUGAAUGGAGAGAAUUUGAGCUUUGCCUACGAAUUCAAGGCAGAUGCCCUGUUUGAUUUCCUUUACUGGUUUGGGCUCAGCAAUUCCACUGUAAAAGUACAAGGAAAGGUUCUCAACUUGACAAGCAUGAACCCAGAAAAGAAAGAAACCAUUAAGUUAUUUCUGGAAAAAAUGAGUGAACCAUUAAUCCGGAGGAGCAGUUUCUCUGAUCGAAAGUUUAGUGUCACAUCUAGAGGUUCAAUAGAUGAUGUCUUUAACUGCAACCUGUCACCCAGAUCAUCGGUUACAGAGCCACUCUUGGCAGAAUUAUCAUUUCCAAGUGUUCUGGAAUCUGAAGAGUCAUCCAGCCAAUUUAUGUGAUUGGUCUGAACAUUCUAGCUGUCGCCCUUUGACUGAAGGUCUGUGGCAGACAGCAGGUUGAAGGGGUAAGAGGAGGAAGGAAGUGAGCAUUUCCAUCCCUUUGCCAGUCUCUGGUCCUCCAAGGGUCUAGAGAGGGCCUUUUUCCCCAUUUCCCUGGGCAUGGUGCCCUGGCUGGCCCAGUGCAGCUGCCUCCCAUCAGGGUUAUGAUUAUGGGAUAGAAUGGUUUUGUCCCUAUGGCAUGGGAUGCCAUUGACAUUGAACAUCUCUCUGAGGAAUCUGAGGACUUCUCCAGAGCCUACCAACCUGAACUUUGCCUGGCACUCUGGGGACUUUCCUGGCAACUUCUGUGGGAGGUACCUGGCUAGGAUGUUAAUCCUGGUGCAUCAUGGGUCACAGAAUGGCCCUCUGCUUGGGAUACACUUUGAGACUCACUGCCCCAGAAGGCCUGGCUCAAGCUCUUCUCUUGCAAGUGUGUUAGGCAAAGCCUAUAUCACAUUUCACUUGGAGAUGAGUAUGGGUUUUCGUCCCACCCACGGGAAACCUUGAGGACAUUCAAGAUACUGACUGCUGAAUGACCUGCAGGGUGGCAGGAUGAGCCCUGCCUGGAAUGUAAAGCCAGGUGGUGCUGCUAUCAAGCAGUGACAAGACCAUGCCCUCCCCCCUGCAGGCACACCAUGCAAAUUGGCAUUUGAAAUAUGCUUUUAGAAAUCUUAACAUGGAAAGAAAAGUAAGCCAUUACCGAAGUACAUCGGACAUCAGCAAACUUUUCUGCCUCACAGCUCCAGUGAGAUUCACUUAAAGGAAAACAUUAUCCAGUCUAUGUGUAAAUGCUUAUGUGAGCGCCCAGGCGUGGUACCCACCUGUAAUCCCAGUACUUGGGAGCUGGAGGCAGCAGAAUUUCAAGAUCCCACUGGCUAUAUAAGGACCAGCCUGGGCUAUUACUACAGAAGAUUCAGUCUCAUAAAAUCAAACACAAAGUUUUGCAUUUGUGAAUUCCUGCAAAUAGUCAUAAGAAAGCAGAUUUAUGGACCAUGUGUAUCAUUUUUUCUGUCCUUUAAUAACGUGUUCCCAUGUUACAUAUUUUGAUAACACUACUGGUGGCCUAACAUUUAUAUCUGAAAGGUUAUCUACUGUAUAUGCACAAUUAAAACUUUUCUUGGCAUUCAA